CCGUCAACUAACGUACCAGGACUCCGUGUUGUGGAGCUCCGUGUUUGGGACAGUUUGUAUUUACUUCUUCAGAAGUGUGAGGAGGGAGAAAGUUGAUCGGCAUGGCCUCCUCUGACGAUGCAGAAGGGUCUCUGACUCCUGUGGAUUUUAUCCAGCUGCAGCAUUACAUGGAAUACAGCAGUUUGAGGGUGAAAGAUGUGAUCAAGGAGUUUCACCCUGGGGGUCGGCUGGCCCAGCACAGCUUUGGAGAGUGCGUCGAUGCAGUGGGCUUCUCACUCUUUCUCAAGACCUACCUAGAAGUGGAUGACUUCCCUGCAGACUUCUGCCAACGUCUUUUUCGCUAUUUUCAACAUGUAGAGCAGAAUGGCUCCUCAAAGAGCCCUCUGCCCAAAGGAGGUGGGGUCUUUCUUCGUGACGUGUCCUGUUACUUCUCAGUGCUGGAGGAAGGACAGCCCCGGGAGAAGCUCGAAUUUACUUUCAAACUUUACGAUAAAGAUGUCAACGGACUCCUGGACAGCUCUGAGGUGGAUCGCAUAAUCACACAGAUGAUGCGAGCUGCUGAUUACCUGGGUUGGGACGUGACUGAACUCAGACCAGUCCUCAAAGACAUGAUGACAGCGAUCGAUGUGGAUGACAGUGGGACUGUCACUCUGGAGGAAUGGGUGAAGGGAGGCAUGAACAACGUCCCUUUGCUUGUUCUGCUUGGACUGAAGAUGACCGAGAGGGACGGGCAGCACAUUUGGAGGAUGAAGCACUUUAAUAAACCGACCUACUGCAGUGUGUGUCAGAGCAUGCUGCUUGGCCUCGGGAAACAGGGACUCUGCUGCACCUGUUGCAAGUACACCGUCCACAGUCAGUGUGCCAACAAGAAUCCCGAACCCUGUGCUCGUACCUUUGUCAAAUCAAAAAAGGAGAUUAAUGUAGCGGCUCACGACUGGAUCAGAGCUGACUGUAACUCCACCAAGUGUCAGGUCUGCCACAAGAAGAUCAAAACCUUAGUUGGGAGGCGUUGUGUUUGGUGCCAGGAGAUGCGUCAUGAUGAGUGUGUUUUCUCUGGCUCAUCGUCCUGUGAUUGCGGGCCACUGAGAGAUCAUAUACUGCCUCCAUGGGCCAUAUACACCAUCUCAAAGGAGGAGGACACCAGCUUGUUAAAUGUCACCCCUGAUGGCCACAUCCUGCAGAUUGUUCCAGUUCCAGACACCCACCCUCUGCUGGUGUUUGUGAACCCGAAAAGUGGAGGAAAGCAGGGUGAACGAGUGCUCAGGAAGUUUCAGUACCUGCUGAACCCACGUCAAGUUUACAACCUGUCCAAUGGAGGUCCUGCACCAGGACUGCACUUCUUCCGCAAUCUGCAGAACUACAGGAUCUUGGUGUGUGGGGGAGACGGCACCGUCGGGUGGCUCCUAGAUGCUAUAGACAAAGCAGACCUCCAGGUGCAUCCUCCAGUAUGUGUCCUUCCUCUGGGCACCGGGAACGACCUGGCUCGUUGUCUGCGCUGGGGAGGAGGCUACGAGGGGACAGACUUGAGAGAGAUCUUGAAAGAGAUCGAAGCCAGUGAUUUGAUUGUGAUGGACCGCUGGAGCAUCCAGGUGAUACCAGAUGACCCCCAAGAGGCAGGAGACCCCGUGCCCUACGAGAUCAUCAACAACUACUUCUCUAUUGGUGUGGAUGCCUCUAUCGCUCAUCGUUUCCACUCCAUGAGAGAGAAACACCCCCAGAGGUUCAACAGCAGAAUGAAGAACAAACUUUGGUAUUUUGAGUUUGCCACUUCUGAGACCAUCUCUGCCUCCUGCAAGAAGCUGAAGGAGUGUCUCAUGAUUGAGUGCUGUGGGAGUUCUCUGGACCUGAGCAGCAUGUCUCUGGAAGGCAUAGCUGUCCUCAACAUACCCAGCAUGCACGGAGGCUCCAACCUCUGGGGCGAUUCCAAGAAGCCUGAUAGUGUGCCAGAGGUGGAGCACAGUGAAGUUAUAACUGACCCUGAACUUCUUAAAACAAUCUCACAAGAUAUGAGUGAUAAGCGUUUGGAGGUGGUGGGGCUGGAAGGAGCCAUAGAGAUGGGACAGAUCUACACUGGGCUGAAGAGUGCCGGGCACAGACUGGCACAGACUUCCCAAAUUUCCAUCAGGACAAUCAAAGCCCUGCCAAUGCAAAUCGAUGGGGAGCCCUGGAUGCAGCCUCCAUGUACUAUCCACAUAACUCACAAGAACCAAGCUAACAUGCUGAUGGCUGCACCAACAAAACCAUCCGGCUUCUUUCACCUCAAGUAGAUUAACGUUUCCACUGCAUCCUCCAGUCUGCUGAGGGUCGCAACACCCCCCUGAAUCAUCGUGAAAAUGAUGCAGGAUGAGAAUUCAAAGGAGUUUGUCUAUUGGCGAGUGUACAACUGUGUGUGUUUUUAUUAUAAACAUUAUUGUUUGUCUUUUGCACUUAAUCCCUGAUGUCAUUUCAAAUUAUUUCAGCAUUUAGGCAGAGACCACACUGACAGACCUCAGUGUUAGCAGUCACUAUACUCAAUCUGAUCGCUGCUGUUGUGUGCCAACUUAAAUGUAAUGGAUUCUUAUUUUUGUUUUUGUAAAUAAACAAGCAAAGCACGUUGUGUAUAGGGAUAGAACAUAUUUGUUUAUUUUAUGUUGUGAUAGCUUUUUUUGUGGUUAAUCAAACUGUGUCUUGUUGAGUUUUACCUGUACUUCCUAAUGUAGCUGGUGAUGAACUGGCUUUGUUCAGCCUUCAGACCCUCACAGCAGCUCAUCUUGUUCAACAACAACAUCCUACCUGUCUUUUCACUGUCGGUCUUCAUCCAACUGAAAUAUAAUGUAAUGUGUUUAUGUCAGUGUGUGUGGUUUUUUUUAUAGCUCUGCCAAAUUUACCAUGUUAAGUAUUAAAAACCAAUACAUUUCAUAGUUAAGGUGUACUCGACAAGAGUAAUGUUAGUUUCUUCUGUUUUGUCAUCCUGUAACUUUGCAGAGUAUGUGAUUCUCCCAUUGGCUUCUCAAAAACAGCCACAGAAUACACAGAAACACAGGGAAAUCUAAUGAAAUAUCACUGCUUAUGAAAUCCUGCAAAAUAUAAUAUAAAUAUAUUGUAAGUCAGUCAUGUGUUGGAUUAUCAGUGUACUUGUUGUCAUGUAACAUGCUUGUAAAGUAAUUUAAUAUCUUGCCAUAAUGUCACAUUGUGUAGCUGUCACUUGCAUGUGUGUCUUGCAGUAUUGUAUACUCAGUUUGAGGGAGGUUUAUAAAGCUGAACGAGCAGAUAAAGGAAUUGCAGACAAUUUGUUGCACCACUUAAAGUUUUUGUUUACAAAGGGAUUAUUUGGAUUUAAGACUUUAUUUUUUUUCUCUUUGUAAUAUAUUGUCUGACCUUUUAAAUAUAUGUGGAGAUCUUGAGUGUUUGUUGCAGCUGAAUAUGAAGCUCUUGUUCAAAUUGAA